UUUGACAAAGCGUUAAGGAUCAAGCAGCGAGAGAUGAUAUAUAAUAUAAUAGAGAAGUACCAUACAGCCUCCUUAUUUUAACUACACCGCACGAAUUUCUGACUUUUUUUUAUUUUAAUAUCUCUUAGUCUUAUUCGAAGUCUACAUUUCCCACCCCACUCAUUUUCUCUCUCCCCCGUUCCCUCCCCUGCCAUUUCCCUCCCAGCCCCCACGUCCCUACCCCACCCACCUUGUCAUUUCUCCCAUCCCCUGCAUCGUACAGAAGGCCCCCUCCCCUGCAUCAGACGGAAGCCCAUACCUUCUCCCUCUCAUUUUCCCCCUCCCUGCAUUCAGUCGGAAGCUCUUGCCUAUACCAGUCCGUGCUAGCUCCUCCCCCACCGGUAGAAGUGACUUGUGUAGAGAGAUAAAGAUAAAGGGCCAACGUCCUGUACUUUUAUGCUCUUGAUGAUGGCAAAUAUGUUGUAAAUAUUGUAAGGUUAGAGAAGAAUAUUACAAGAUGGAAGGCACAGAGGAAGAUAGAAUUUCACCCAGGCCAUCUACAGUGAUUUCACCCAUCCAAGGAUAUGUUAGUCUCGAAAAUCCAUACCACCCGGUGUAUAUGAUGCCUCCAAAUACGUAUCCAAAUCAAUAUUCGUAUCAUUGGGGUAGCCAGCAUCUGCCAACUAUUCCCUACCCUCCGUUGAGUAAUCCGGAAGACUUUAGACGAUUUCAAGAGACUAUCCAGCAUCCUUCAACUAUGUCCUACCCUCCGUCUAGUAAUCCAGAGCGAUUCCAAGAGACCCCCCAACACCCAGUUCAAUCAUCAAUUGUGCCUGAUGAAAGUGAAAAGAAUGUUGCAAGUAUAUCACACAUGAAUGCUUUGGAGGUGGAAGGGAGUAAUGAAGUAUCGAACACAGAUGAGACUAAUGAAGUAUUAGAGGCGAAGGGGACUAAUGAAGUAUCGGAUGAUGAUGAUGAACGAGUUGAAGAGCCGAAAUCUGGUAUGGAGUUUUCCACUGAGAAAGACCUUCUCGCUUAUUACAAACGAUAUGCGAAACAGUCGGGUUUUGGUGUAAAGACGUUUAGGACGAAGAGAGAGGCAGAUGGGAGUGCAAAGUAUUUGACCAUUGGGUGUGCACGUGGCGGCACCUACCAUCCUAGCCAUAGUAAUGUCUCGAGACCACGACCAACAACCAAAACGAAUUGUAAAGCGAAGGUAAAUGCGAAAUUGGUGAAUGGGGUAUGGGUUUUGACGACAAUUCAGAUUACUCACAAUCAUAAUACUGUCAGCCCACAGAAAUCCAGAUUUUUUAGAUCUCAUAAGUGUUUAGAUGAAUACAGUCAGAGGAUGCUUGACUUGAAUGACAGAGCAGGUAUUAGAAUGAACAAAAAUUUCCAAGCACUUGUUGUUGAUGCCGAUGGUUUUGAGAACCUUGAAUUUCAAGAGAAAGAUGCUCGGAAUUUUAUUAAUAAAGCCAGACACUUGAGGUUAGGUAAAGGAGGGGGUGAAGCACUUAGUGACUAUUUUGAGAGAAUGAGUAUGAUGAAUGAUGGCUUUGUUUCAGUCAUGGACGUGGAUGACAAGUUUAGAGUCAGAAAUGUGUUCUGGGCUGACACACGAAGUCGAGCGGCGUAUGAGUACUUCGGAGAUGUUAUCACAUUUGAUACGACGUAUUUAACAAAUAGGUACAAUAUGCCUUUCGCUCCCUUUGUUGGUGUAAACCAUCAUGGGCAGUUUAUAUUGUUAGGGGCUGGCUUGAUUUCCAAUGAAGACACAAAUACUUUUGUUUGGUUGUUCCGAGCAUGGUUGAAGUGCAUGAAUGGUCAGGCUCCCAAAGCAAUUAUAACAGACCAAGACCGAGCAAUGAAGAGUGCUAUUGCGAUUGUAUUCCCAGACAGUCGCCAUAGAUAUUAUCUCUGGCAUAUAAUGCGGAAAUUGCCAGAGAAAUUGGGAUCUCACUCCCAAUUCAAUGCAGGGUUGAAGUCUGCCAUUCAGAAUGCUUUAUAUGAUUCACAGAGUUGCACAGAAUUUGAGGACAAGUGGGAAAAUUACUUCAAAAGUAUGACCUUGGGGAGAAUGCAUGGUUGCAAGGGUUGUACAAUGAGAGGGAGUUCUGGGUACCAGUAUAUUUGAAGAGUGUAUUUUGGGCAGGUAUGAGCACUACACAACGGUCUGAAAGCAUGAAUGCAUUUUUUGAAGGGUUUGUACAUUCUGGUACUACUUUGAAGGAGUUUGUAGAUCAAUUUGAUAAUGCUCUGAAGAAGAAGGUGGAGGUCGAAGCGACUGCUGAUUUCAAUUCCUGCAACCAAAUAAUCCCAUGCGUAUCACCACUCCGCAUUGAAAAGCAGUUUCAAGCAUUGUAUACAAAUGCUAAGUUUAAGGAAGUCCAAAGAGAGGUGUUGGGAAUGAUUUUAUGUAAUUGCAUACUUGUUAGCACGCAAGGUUGCAUUUCUAACUUCGAUGUUUUCGACGAAAUUUCCACGGAUGACUAUGUAAAAAAGGUGACGUACUCAGUUUAUUAUAAUGAUGAAGAAUGCGACGUUAAAUGCACGUGUGCCUUGUUUGAGAUGAGAGGGAUUAUUUGUAGGCAUGUAUUUAAAGUCUGUCAAACAAAAAAAUAUUAAUGUGUUGCCUGACAAGUAUGUCUUGGAUCGAUGGCGAAAGGACUUAAAGAGAAGAUAUACACUGGUCAAAAGUAGUUAUGAUGACUUGCGGAACAAUGCAGACGCACAGAGGUAUGAGCUCGUGGUUAAGAGAUGUUUGAAAUUUGCCACGCGUGUAUCCCCCAGUGAUGAGCAUGUAAAUGCGUUUUUGCGGUUGUUAGAUGAGUUUGAGUUGCAAUGUACAGGCUUAACAACCGACGACGGUUUAACCAAGUUGAGAAAGAACAUGGUCCCAGAAAAGGGUAAGAAAGUAUUAAGCCCCCAUGUUGUCAGAGGAAAAGGGAGACCCCCAAUGAAGAGAAAGGUAGGGGCUGUGGAGAACGCUAUUACGAAGAGAAAGAAGAAACAAGUAACAUGCAGGAAAAUAUUCAAUGACGAAGAACAAUUGCAUGCAGGCCUAGAAUCUGCCGGGGUUGCUAUUGUGGACAAUUUUGUUGUUGGAACCCAAUAUAGUGCUGUCAUACAGCCAACACCAUCGGGCAAUGAGGAGAAAUGUGCUGGUACUGAUCAUGUAUAACCGAAGACAUGAAUGCAAGUUUGAUGUGUCAUUACAUGGAGGAUGUACUGGUUUUUGAGUCUUUUUUUGUUGGGAAGUUUGUACCAAUGUUUUGGUUGUGCAUUUCUGGGGGAGUUGGUACCAUUGUAUAGAUGAUGGUUUGGUUGUGAAUAUUUGGAGUGUUGUGGGGAAAAAAAAAGCCUCAAACUCCAUAUUGUGUAGAUGAUUUUUUGUUGUGAAUGGAAGGGCCUGAACUUUGUAUA